ACCCCAGUCCCAAACUUGCCAAAACUUUCUCUCAAUUUUCUCCUUCGUUUUACCUCGAGAAAAACACUUCCCCGGGCUUUUCCCAGAUCCCAGGAAUCAACAAACUUUCAUAAAACCAGACGAUGAAGAAUCCAGGGUUCUUAGCCGCCUCAGUCGCCGCUGCCUCUGUGACUGCCCUCUCUGCUACUUCUUCUCCAAGUUUCGUCUGUAAUUCCAAUUUUCAAAUUUCUCACCAGGAGGAUAUAAAUAAGGGAGAGCAACAAAAUUCAAAUUCUUCAAUGCAAAGGUCUCCUUCCACGGAUAAAUUUGCUCCAAGGUUUGAUGGCUUGAGAUUUAUUGAAACACUAAUUACUGCCCACAGAUGAGCUCCGCUCUGCUCUUGAAGCCUCAGGGCAAUAGUUCUUAUCAAAUUCUAUAGUAUUAUUGUCUUCUACUUUGCAACAAUUAGAAGAUUAAAAAAGGAAAAAAAAAAAAAAAUCCAACUGCGUUUUUGGUAGCCAUACUAGUAAAAGAGAUAGGGAGGAGAGGAAUUGUAUUGUUUUGAGGGAUUUCAUAUUGAAACUUUUUUCCUUUGAAAUUUUUUUUUUUUUUCCUUUUUUGUGGCUUCCUUUUGAUAUUGACUUUAUGAGAAAAGCAGUGGUUGGGCGUUUGAAUUGAUGUGGUAUAUGUUUUAUCAUGACUUCACAUGUGAUACUUAUGUACUGGAAUUAUUUUAAUAAAAGUGAAAGAUCCAACCCUAAAAGGUUUUUUCUUUCUAAUUCUGGUCA